CCGGUAUUUUCUCAACAAAAGCAACUCGAAAACACCCAGAGCUCGUCUACCGAACACGAUGAAGCUAUCCACUAUUCUGGCGUCCCUCGCUAUUGCCGCCGUCUCGUCCGUGCACGCAGGCCCCCUCACGGACGGCGUCUGCCAGACAGGCUGCAAGGCCGCCGCCGCCGGGUGCUACAGCGCCGCUGGGAUGGUGUUCGGCGCAGUCACUGCCGGCAUCGCAACCCCUGUGGUCGCCCUGGCCUGCAACGCGGUCCUCGACAGAUGCCAGGCCGAAUGUGCCAUACAGGGAGCCGACGCUGUCAUGCAGCACUGCGUGGAUAUCGAUGGCGUCGACGGGGACACAUUUUCGAAUAUAAAGUAUAAAUUGUGCGAGAUCGACGGUGGGCAGAAGCCGCUGUUCGGCGUGUUCAAGGAGGCUGCCGGCGACCUCGUGACGGAGUUCGAUGGACCGGGUCGGUACGCCGCAGCGCUCAAGUCUCUCAAGGGCGAUUCCGGAGCCAAUCAGGAGGCUGUGGACGUCGCUCGCCCCGCAUAUGCGGAAGCUGGUGCGCGUGUGGGUUGACUUUGGAGAGAGCGAGCUCGGAUGCUCGCUGGUGGUGAUCAUGCGAAAGCUUAGGAAAUAUAGUAGGCAUUCUGAUCCUGCCACGAACACACCCUUGAGUCGGGCUUUCCUGUACAUGUAACUUGGAGCUUUCUCUCGUCGAUCCUGCUGUGUCUUUGUUGCAUGCUGUCCUAUGUCUCCCCUGUCAAGCUGUCUCCCUGAUGAUCUCGAGACUAGACGUCACGUUGUACGAAUCGC